GUGCUAGCGCCCACGAUUCAACAGCCAGCUUGUCAACACCAACUAACCGAAGCUGCUCGCGAGGUCGCCUGGUCCGUAGAUGGUUUGGUCCAGGCUGCCCGGUUUGCAGGUCAGGAGGCCACUGUUACCAGACAGACGGUCGACGGACUUAUAGAGCCUUCGAUGGCAAUCGCCGUAGUCGAGACCGAGGAAGCUGCCACUGAGGUGCGCAAUGCGCUUGACCAGCUGCAUUCUCAUCUGAUCCGGGUGUACGUGCUCCGAAAGUCAUAG